AUGCUCCUCCUCUGGGCUGAUGGCAGAACAAAGACCAGGAGGAGGCAGGUCAGCGGUGGUCCUAAUGCCUUCGUCCUGCUGUCCGCGGAGGGCUGCUGGUGGGCUGUGCUGCCCUGCAAGAGGACGCAGACACAGACCGAAAUUCACUGCGAGAGAGUGAAGCAACUCAAGAUGUCCUGGGGUGGUGGUGGGCCUAGGCCUCUGAAGAGAGGCCUCAGUUCCCAGAGCUCAGACGGCCACUUGCAUAAGAGACCCUGCACCUCUCCUGUGAGUUCCUUGACAAGCAUGUGCACAUGUGGCGUCUGUAUGUCCAGCCGCAGUGCCAUUACCAGUUCCUACAGUUCCACUGGAGGCAUCUCUCGGGUACACGCACUUGGUCGUGUGGAAGAAGACUGGGUGGAGCGAGGAUGCUCGGAGCGCUGCGCUGGGGGCGGGGCGAACGUCGCGCCCCCCGCUGCCCGCUGGUCCCCCGGGGGCGGAGGUCGCGUUCCCACUGCCAGCUGCACAGCCCAGCGGCCUCCAGCUCUCUUGCCCGGCCACUCAAUCACGACCGAAGAUUUUGACCGGCAGAAGCAAGCUCAGUCACAGUGGCUGAAGAGGGACUUCGAGGAUAAGACUGAAACUGCCUCGAACUCCGACAGUGCAAACCCACCUGCCACUCCACCGGCUUCUACUCUUGCCCUGCCUGCUGCUGGGACUGCUACUUCCUCAGCCUCCCCCCCAGCCCCAAUGACUAACCCACUGUUUCUCCCCAAGUACAUCAUCUUCCUGAAGAAGCUGAACCCCCUGGGCCUACCAUCUUUCCCAGCCACCACCUCACGCUUUGGAGCUAUGACCCAGACCACCAGCAGCGGGACCAGUAGCUCAGUGUUUGGCAGCAGCACCACCUCACCAUCCUUCACAUCUGGGUGUCAGCAGGCCCCACUGGCAGUGGGCUUUGGGAUGAGCGUGGCUGCCCCCCACAGCAGCUCCACCACUGGGGCAUUUGGCUUUGGGGCAGGACAGAGUGGGACCACUGGCAGCAUGGCCCCUUGAGGAGGCUUGAGUGAGAACUUCCUGGGUGCAGCUGGCCAGAGCACACCCGUUGCCUGCCACGUGGCCAGCAUGCCUCAGAACACGUCUGUGUUUGCAGGCACAUCCACACCCACCUUUGGUCAGAACACCCCUGACCCUGGGGUGGAUGCAUCGGGCAGCAGCCUCUCCUCUGGGGUGUCCUCAGCACCUGCCCAGGGCUUUGCUGGACCUGGAACCUUUGGGUGCGGUCCCUUCCCCUCUGGGAAAAGAAGAGGCUAAUAAGCACAAGAAAGAUGUGACCUCACUGGCAGUCAGGCACUGCUGAGGAGCCGUUUCUGGCAGAACUUCUCCCAAGCCACUGGAAAGCCAGGUGGCUUCCUGCCUCCCAAGGAACCCAGCCUGGGAAGCCCUGUUGAAGCACCCAGGAUUCUGUUGGCCUGGCCCUCCACAGGUUAUGGUACCCAGAGAAGCAGUCUCUGCUGGUAGCCUUCCUGAUGAGGUCCUUUUCCAUUGGUGCAGGAUCAGGGACCCCAGAAUUCCAACAGAAAAUGCAAGCAAUGAGCACAUUGGCAAAAGUAGCCUAUGUCCCUUGCCCCCACCCCAGACCCUUUACCCGGAUAUGUAGACUUUGUCUCCUGCUGGGAAGAGCCUCUGACCUAUUCCAUAAAGCAAACUGACUGCAGCAGAUCUCUGGCUUCAGCCUGCAGGGAGGGAGGGGCAGCCCUGGAGGCCAUUGCCCUCUCCUGGAGGAAGCAGAGCCUCAGGCUUUUUGCAGGAGGGGAGGCAGGAUGCGGCAGAGCAGAAGCCUAUCGUUACUUGAACGGUUCCGCUGGUGAGGCUGGACAGAAUGAAGAAACAUCUGGACCACCAGCUGAAAACAUGGUGGCGUGAGAGGUGAGACAGAGGCUUCCUCCUAAAGCUGCAUAUAAUAUGAAAAUAUAACUAAUACAACUAAUCCUGAAAGAGCAACAGGAAAGAGGACUGUGCCAAACUGCA